CGGUCGUUUAAACUACCGUCGAACGGGAUCGGUAAAAGUAGCGCAGCUGACGGCUCGACUUAAGAUUAAGGUACGACAGUGAAAUGACACUUUAAGAGGUGUAAAUUUUUGACUAAUAGUUGGCAAAAGUAAAAACCACAACAACAGCAACAAUAACUGCUAGUCAAGUCGAGAGUGUGGAAAGUGUAGCUCGUUCGAUUAACUCUUUGCAAUGGCGCUAAAGCAAAUUGCAAUUUACCUGCUAGUCGGCUCCAUCUGUUGGACACACGUGGAGCCCUCCAAGGAAUAUAGUCGCUACCUAACGCAGAUAUUCCAAAAAUAUGGCACCGGCAACACCAUAACCUUUGAGGGCCUGGAGCACUUGAUGUACAGCUUGGGACUGGGACAAAUUGAAUUCGAGCCCUCACACACAAUCGAUCAGCAUCGACCACAAGGCUACAACAUUACCAAGCAGCAAGAGAACGAGACAAAUGCGACCAAUGAAGAGUUGCCCACUGAUGCACAACUGCCCAUCCAGCCGCCGACGGAGCAGCAGCAGGUCAAUAAGACGGAUUUGAACAGCGCUGAUGCAACUGUCGAGUUUCGGGAUAUGCACGAUCCCAGGCAUCGGCAUAUACGUGAAAGCAGUGAGUCCUUACAUGGAGAACGGCCGCCCGUUCCCGCUUGUUUAUCACCCAAGUCGUUGCUCUCGCUGGUGGUGGAUCACGAUGAUUUGCAUAGCAAUACGCUCUACAACUCGAUUGUUAAACAGGAGACGCACAAUUCGGAGGAGGAAUACAAUAAGUUUAUCAACAGCGUGCUCAUUACGCCAAAUGCUUUCAUGAAGCUCUGCCCAGCGCUUUUGGCGCAGAUCGACAAUGGAGUUUGCAUGCAGCCAGCGCCAGCGCCAUUGAUCCGUGAUAAGGAUAAGAAAACUAGAAUUUGGAAUGCUUGGAUCUAUGCCAGCAUCUGCAUGUUUAUACUAUCAGCUUGCGGCUUGUUGGGCAUACUGCUGGUGCCGCUGAUGAAAAGCAUUGCGUAUCAGGAGAUUCUUAAGUUUCUGGUUGCCAUUGCUGUGGGCACAUUGGCUGGCGAUGCUUUGAUGCACUUGCUGCCACAUGCGCUGUUCAAGGAGGAGCAACACGAGGCUGCCAUGCAGCUCAAGGAGGAGCAUGGCCACAAGCACAGCAAUGAGCCGGCGCUGCUCUGCGGCUGCGCAUUCUUGGCCGCGCUCUUUAUGUACGUGCUGGAGAAUGUUAUACCGCUGUUUAAGGGCGAGGCUGGCGGACACGGACAUAGCCAUGGGCAUGGCCAUAGUCAUGCUCACACUCACACUGCAGAGAAGCCAGUUCCUUCAGUGGAGGCACCGCCCAGUCGUGAGCUCAACAUGAUGUUGCAGGAAACUAAACUGGAUGAAAAGAAACCCAAUCGUCCGCUUACGCCAGUUGCCUUCAUGGUCAUCAUAGGCGAUGGUCUGCACAAUCUUACGGAUGGCCUGGCUAUUGGCGCUGCCUUCGCCAGCGAUCCUGUCACAGGCCUCGCUACGGCCUUUGCCGUCUUGUGCCACGAGUUGCCGCACGAACUGGGCGACUUUGCCUUGCUGCUCCAGACGGGCGUCUCCAUUCGUCGCGCUGUUUAUAUGAACAUUGUUAGCUCGGUGCUGAGCUUUGUGGGCAUGUCCAUUGGUCUGCUGCUGGUGGGUAUUGGUGAUGGCAUGACGCAGUGGAUCUAUGCGGCGACUGCUGGCUCCUUUCUGUACAUAGCCUUCGCUGAUCUGGUGCCCACAAUGAGCGUGGCUCACAAUCCGGAACUGGCGCGUGAUCCAAAGGGCAUAAUUAUACAGAUUUUGGGCAUCCUGCUGGGCGGUCUCAUCAUGUUGGUCAUUGCGGUGAAUGAGCAUGAUCUGGAAGGCUUGUUCAAGAGCAUUUAGCUGCUACUGCUGUUGUCUUAAUGUAACGUCAGGAAUCUCAAUGUAUAACGCAAGACCAAAGUGAAUCACGCGAUGAAACAACUUCAAGAGUAUUAUGAGUGUAAUUAAAAAAAAAACUAGUUGCAUAUCUAUAUUGUACGUCAGACAAAACUCUGAUUUGAUUUGAGCCUGUAUAUCUAAAAUUAAUGGCAAAACUUUGAGCUAAUAUAUCUAAUAUGGAAUCAUUGUUAAAUGCUCAGAUAAGUUGAAUCAGCGCGUGCUUCAGUUGAUGCAUGUAGUAUGUAUGUAUAUAUGUUUAUAAGUUUACCUUAAACGAAUUUUAAAUUAGUAUUAAGCAACACAACUUGCAGCUGCCGGCGAUAUUAAAGCUUGAUCUUUAAUUGUUUUUUUGUUUUGUUUGUGGUAACAUUUACGCUAGAAUUACUUUAAAUAUUAAAAAACAGCU